GAGUGGGGUUCUUGAGGUUCUCGUUUAGAUCAUCCGCCUUGCCUGCCAGUGCGCGAGAGGGAGAGGGAAAUUUGGGGCCGGGAGUGCGAAUUCGCGGGCGCGAUGGCGGCAACAGUGGCGGCAUUCACCGCCGCUCCAUCAUCUUGCUGCGCGGCAGCAGCGUCGGCGGCAGCAUCGGCUUCGUCGUCGCCGGCUUCGGCGAUCCGGCCGCUUCCACUGAGGAGAGCGUUCCAUGGCGCUCCCGUGAAGCUGCACAGCGCGACAAUGCCAGGAUCUUUGAGGUUUGCUCCUCUGAAGGCAACGACCUCGUCCGAGGAAAGUGGCACGACAACAUCCACGGAAGACGUGAGCAAGCAAGUCGAGGACAUCUUUUCAGAUUUGAAGACCAAGUGGGAAUCUGUGGAGAACAAGAGCACUGUUCUGGUUUACGGUGGUGGAGCGCUUGUGACACUGUGGUUCUCGGCAACGAUAGUUGGAGCUAUCAACUCUGUUCCAUUGCUUCCAAAGGUGAUGGAGCUCGUCGGACUGGGAUACACUGGCUGGUUCGUCUAUCGGUACCUUCUCUUCAAGUCGAGUAGAAAGGAGCUCUUGGAAGACGUGGAGGAGCUCAAGAAGAAGAUCACGGGCGCAACCGAGUCGGUUUGAUCGCUCGCCUCGAGAUCAAACUCACCCGGUUCCGAUUUUGGGAAGAAAGAAAAGAAAAAUUCAAGCGCAAAAACCAAAAGAAGAUCCUCCAGGAAAGUUGGAAGUUUUACGAAACGACAGGCAAACUUUCAUAUCUUCUCGAU